AUGUUCGCUUCUUUAAAAUGGUUAUCAGCGAUAGCUGCCUUAUCGUUGCUGUCAUUUGUCGAGUCAGCAAUUCAACCGACAAAGGAAUUUAUUGUAGACACUGAUCUAUUCGACGCCAUUGACGAUACUGCAGCGCUCCUUCUCGCUUCCACUCUACCAAACACCAAACUUCUCGCUGUAAACGUCAACGUUAACUCUACAUACUCGGCGCUCGCUGCAUCUGCCAUUGUUAACUACUACGGGUAUUCAUCAAUUCCUAUUGGACUACGAAGGCCUUAUACCAAUGUGACUUCUUCUGAACCCUUUGGGAAAGAGUAUGCGAGCAGAGUGGCUGCCAAAUGGUCCGGAGGCUCCGUUCCCUGGUUUGAGGUAAACAAAACCUGGGACCCCGUGGAAUUGUAUCGCAAAACACUUGGCGAGGCAAAGAAUGACAGCAUAACUAUUGUCUCCCUUGGAUUCAUGGGAUCUCUAUCGGGUCUCUUGAACUCCACAGCAGACAAAUAUUCCCCCUUGGAUGGAUACGGUCUGGUGAAAGCGAAGGUAAAGGAGUUAGUCGUCAUGGGUGGUGGAUACCUAGCAGAGCGGUCUUUCGAUCAAGAGUACAAUUUUGCUGUUCAAGAAGCACCCCAUGUCGUUAACACAUGGCCGAGCGUUGUACCUAUGACCUUCCUCGGAGCAGAAGUCGGCAUAGAAGUUCUAACAGGGGCACGACUCACUACAUGCGGCCCCUCUGGUGACCCAGUAAGAACUAGUUUUGAGUGGUGGGGUGGGGCCAAUGUUUCACAGUAUUCUUGGGAUCAUCUGGCAAUGGCAUAUGCUGGUCGUGGUCUGGGCAACUGGUUCGAAUACGGAAACGAAAAUGGGUACAACUAUCUAUACCCUAACGGCACCAACGUCUGGAUUGAAGACGAACGUAUAACCAGCCAGCACUAUCUCAAGCUAAAAGUCUCAAAUGAGACCGUGGCGAGGGGGCUGGAGGAUCUGUUACUGCGGGGCGCAUGGGGAAAUGCCAAAGUGGACUGA